AUGGAUGCCGAAACGGUAAAGCAAGCGGGCAUUCCCCCCGAGUACCUCCAUCAACUGUCCAAUGGAUCUUACGUUCACCGCGGGAUGUUUAACACCUUUGGUCCCAAUGCGAACUGCACUAUAGAUCUCUGUUCUAUCGAAUGGUCUUUGUUCAGAUACCGGCCAAGUCUCCCCGCCAAUUCCAUUUUUCUCGCUCUGUUUGGCCUUGCCUUGCUCGUUCACAUAUACCUCGGAAUCCGUUGGCGUACUUGGGGGUUUCUAACUUUCAUGGCCUUGGGUUGUUCGAUGGUUAUGCUCGGUUACGGUGGGCGUAUCAUGCUUUGGGUCAACCCUUGGUCCUUCGCGGGCUUCAUGCUGCAAAUUAUUCUUGUCGGUAGCGGCCCUGUUUGGUUUUCGGCUGCCAUCUAUGUGACCCUUUCGCGAGCUAUUCGGUUUCUUUCUCCAGAAAUCGCUCGUCUGCCUCCCAAAGUCUUCUACUGGCUGUUCAUUUGCUCCGACUUUAUCUGUCUGAUUCUUCAGGCCAUUGGAGGUGCACUUUCGACAACAUCAAAAGGAGUCUCUCAGGUGGGAGUUGAUCUCGCGAGGGCUGGGCUCAUCAUUCAAGUCGUUAUUCUCAUCGUCUUCUGUGGUUUUUUUGCGGACCAUCUGAUUCGAUUUCACAUGCUACGCAAGUCUAAGCCCGAUGAACUCAAGACACCUUUUGGCAUUCGCCAGAAAGUAUUUUUCGGGGGCCUUGCAUCGGCCGUGGUUUUGAUCUUGGCGCGAUGCGCAUACCGUGUGGAGGAACUCAGCGAAGGAUACAGCAACUCGUCCAAGCUGGCAGAUGAGGGCCUGUUUAUUGGCCUUGAAGGAGUACUCAUCAUUGUGGCUGUAAUUUGCCUCUUCUUCGGACACCCUGGCCUUGGCUUUGGAGACCUCGAGGAUAGGACAAAGCACAUAGAGCUGAGCAGCCUAGAAAGGUGA